UCCGAGCAGCAACAGGUCGCGCUCCACAGAGAUCGAUAGGGAGGCUGGCGCAUGCGCGCUGCAUUCUCCAGACACCAUGCGCUCUCUGCUCCUCUUCACGCUGUCAUUCCUCGCACCAGAGUCGGAAUGCGACCUCCUCCGAGACAGCGUGCAUGUGACGUCAGCGGCAGCGCGGCCCAACAACGAGCUGUGGUGCUACAAGUGCCAUGCCGAUGUACCAGAAGACGACUGCGCGAACCUACGCCAGAACAGCUCCGCGCUCAUACAUAAAUGCCAUAAUGAUCGACGGAUGUGCAUGGUGAAGCGGUUCUCUUACACGACGUCGACGGAAAACUCGACAACUAGCCUCAAAAUGUGGGCUCUGGAGCGCAACUGCACGAAGCACUGCGAGCCGGGUUGCAUCGUCAUCGGCGAGAGGACGAAACUAUACGCCUGCACGUCCUGCUGCACUGGCUCGCUCUGCAACUUCGGCUCCGACGCCACAAGGCUCGUCACCAGCCUCCUACCACUCCUCAUCGCCACCAUCAUCACCUUAUGAUCCAUUUAAGAUACUUUAGAAGCGUAACAGAGCUCUGACCAAUGACGAUUCGAUCGCACUUCCUAUUUGAUUCUAAAGAAAAUAAUUUAUAGUUGAUAGCGCGUGUGGUAGACCUGCUCCAAGCCUUAUAGAGAUAAUAAAGCAGUUAAUCUACCCCCAAGCUCAUCAUCAUCACCAUUGGCCUUAUACGUCUAUAUCGGACGAAUUAAUCAAAGUCACUUUUUUUCAUGACGCCAAUACUAGAGCGUCUCAAUGAACAAAGUUAAACUUCCAAACCUCGCUCGAGUUUCCUAUAUCAAUUUUUCUCUCAAAAUAUCAAUACGAGUAUAAAAUUUUACGCUCUUCGCUUCUAGAGGUAGAAAUAGCAACUAGUAUGAUAAGUAUGACUGAAAGUCGAGUGAUAACGGGGAUGUGGAAUCAAAUCAGUGUCAAAUAGUUCUAUCAUGAUAUUUGUAAACUCUAUUCACAGAUAGAGAUUACCACGUGUUACCCUUAUUGUGGCAACUGGGAAAUUGAACACCUGUUUGCCACCAGAAAUGGCCAAAUAGUUUUAUUCCUUAUUGCCGCUCAUAGAUUAUAGGCAGAAUAGAAGUUUCUUAAUUGGUUUUAGGUAUUCUGAAUGCUGACACCUAAGUCAUAAUCUCAUCAUGUACCUACCCACUAUAUAACUCUGUCACAUUAACAUGCUUGACAUUAUCGUGGGACUUUGGGUUCAAUUGUCAAACAAAUUUCAUGUGACAUAGUACUAAAGUAUACCUAUGUAGGUAAAGAAUAUACUAAGCCACCGGCAAAGAGAUCUCUUAUUAUUCUCAUAUUUUCAUUUAAAUCGCUCAAUCAAAUUAAUAAUUCUUUUUUUCAGUUAUUUAGAGUAAUAUUCUGCCGUUGUAGUAGCUAUAGGUCCAACGUUUUUUGUUAGGCUGACUCACAUAAAAUUAAUUGCCUACCUAGGUAGUAGGUACCUACUUUAAAUAAAUUACUUACUUAUUUAUUAUUCUUCAAAAAUAAUAGUUAACA